AUGGGUCUCUUGGGGAGAACAGCACCAUCUAAUCCCUCCUCUGUCCCGGACGAGCCUCCGCCUUCAUACGACGAAAGUCAGGGUAAACACCAAAACCCUGCCGCACCACCAGUAGCACCACCAGCAUUCGAGCCAGCUUCAUCUUCGUCACAAGCUCAUCCUCCGCCAACUGCCGGUCCUAGUCAAGCAGCCUCUGCUGGGUCUGUUCCUCGCCAGUUCCCACCAUCAUUUAAUCUCUAUUACCAAGGCUGGCCCAAUAAUAGCUUUAUCCUUGCUGAACACCAAACUCAUCCUCUGUAUCUCUAUUCCGCACAUUCCGGCCUGACAGACUUGCCCCCGGUUCUGUUGCAUUCUGGCCCAGACCCGUCCUACCAACCGCUGGCUUCUGCGAACUUCAUGUUCAUGAGCGUUGGUUUUGAAGUCGAGUUACCUCCCGUUCCAGGCUCAGGAGCUCCGUUAGCACGCGAGGCAGUUGGACCAGUUGGUUCUCACGGCGGUCUUGGCACAGGCUUUACCUUCACUAUAGAAGUCGGACCAGGCGGAAACGGGCCUCGAGAGAGUUUCGAAUGGAGGCGCUCCAGUGGCGAUGCAGUAGCAGUAUUGGGGGGCCAUCACUACGGAUGGAAACUGGUCAGACUUUCUAAUGGUCCUCCAGGGGGAGGAAAUGUGCCAUUUGCGCCGGGCGGGUUUAGAGACAGCCGAGGGAAUGAAGUUGUCGCGGCUUGGACUAUGGGCAGUGGAAGAAGUCUGACAAAGGUUGCCCAUUUUCGGUUCAUGGGGACAGGUUUGACGGGACUUCUUGGAGAGAGAUGGGCUAUCAUGGUGGUGAUUACAGGGUUGGCCUUAUUUCAGAGAGACCGAAGAAGGUAA